UAUGGCAAUGAUUAAAACAUUAUAUUACAUUUUUUGCUAAAAACGCAAGUAUUUUAAAGAAAUAUUAAGUUUGUUCGGAUAUAAAGGCUUAUCAACAGUACCAAUUUAUAACAACAUUAUGGGGGAUAUACAAACUCUUGUUGAUAUGGGAUUUGCUAAGGAAAAGGCGGAAUAUGCCAUGAAAGUGACUAAUAACAAGGGUGUAGAGCCGGCUAUGGAAUGGUUGUUGGCUCAUGCUGAUGAAGAUAUUCCAGUAGAGCCAGCCGCGGCAGUCACAGCAGUCGCGGUUGAUAACAGUGGUGCCGUGGGUGAUAAUGUUGAUCCCUCCACAUCGGCUGGAGCUGAAGCGAAGUCGUUAAAAUGUGACGAUUGUGGAAAACUGUGCAAAGAUCAAACGGAAGUAGAAUUUCAUGCGGCUAAGACAGGACAUAGCAAUUUCUCAGAAUCGACAGAAGAGAAAAAGCCACUUACUGAAGAGGAGAAGAAAGCCCAACUCGCUUUGAUUGAGGAAAAGUUAAAGCAAAAGCGGCGAGAACGUGAAGAACGCGAAAAAGCCGAUGCAUUGGAGCGAGAGAAAAAUCGCAUAAAAUCAGGGAAGGAUAUGACCGAAGCACGGAAACGUAUGGAAGAGCUAGAAAUGAAGAAAAUUGUGGAUCAACGUAAGCGCGAGAAAGCUGAGGAAAAAGCAGCAAGAGAACGAGUUCGAUCUCAAAUUGAGGCGGACAAAGCUGCUCGCAAAGCAAGGGAGCAAAAUCAAACUGAACAACCUUCGCCGGCUACUUCCCCCACUUUGCCGGCUGCGACAUCAACAACCACUGCCCGAUCAGCGCCAAAAGAUUACACUCAAACUCGCAUACAAGUUCGUUUGCGAGAUGGUUCCACACUUACUGAAACAUUCAACGUGAAAGAACAGUUGUCCGCCGUACGCGUUUUUAUCCAGUUGAAAACCGGCGAAGAAACACCUUUUAAUUUAAUGACGACAUUUCCACGAAAGGUCUUCACAGGCGAAGAUUUCGAAAAACCUCUAGAUGUUCUCGGUUUGGUGCCGUCUGCUGUGCUCAUUAUGACCAAAUAAAGCAAUCUCUUGGUAUGGGAAAUUCAUAAGUCUUCACUUGGGUGUGAGUCGACAUAAAUUUACUGCUGUAAUUCAUGUAGCGUUUUAUAUUCAACUUAUUGUAGAAUUAAUGAGGCAUGCUCAAAUAAAAGAGCCAGUAUAAUUAUAAAACAACA